GUGUCCCUAAACUAAACCGUAAGUAAGCUCCGGGAGGACUACACGGGGCUGUCGUUGGUCACUGCUGUGUCACCAGCACGGACUCGCACAGGACCGGGAAGAGAGGAAGCGCGCGGGGGGAAUAGGUGUGGAGUAAAUGAAUGAAUGGGGAAACUGAGGUCAAGUCAAUGGCUAAGUUGGGAUUCAAACUUAAGUCUCUCCGCACUGAGAGGAGGGACCAAGUUGGAUCUCUUGUGAUCUCUUCUCUACUAAGUCCUGCCCGGGGCCUGGGCACACAGAAGCGCUCAAUAAGGGCUUUGGAACUGAACAGUUUGGGAGCCAGAGCCUCUGAGGUUACACCUGUCUUCUCCCACGACCUCCGCGGUCCUCCAGGACCAUAGAGAGUUGCACAGCGAUCGCCUCGCUGUAUGCUCUACUCUCCUGGGGAGCGGGGCCAGAGAGGCCGGAAGUGCGGCGAGCCCUGGGCCGCGCUGGCCGAGCUGGCGGUGGGCCGCCUCGAUCCUCCUCCAGCCUUUCCCCUAAGGCUCCAAGAACCGCAGGCUCCAGAUGGACCCUGGGAAGGACAAGGAGGGAGUGCCCCAGCCCGCAGGGCCGCCAGCAAGGAAGAAAUUUGUGAUACCCCUCGAGGAGGAUGCGGUCCCUCCUGCAGUGGCCAAGCCUUUAUUCAAAUCCACAAAGAGCCUUCCCACUGUGGACACCUCGGCCCAGGCGGCCCCUCAGACCUACGCUGAAUAUGUCAUGUCACGGCCUCCAGGAGGGCCUGGGACUACGUGUCCCACAGGGUCAGAGCCCCUGGCAGAAGAGACCCCCAACCAGGCCCCAAAACCAGGGGCCAAAUCCAGCAGCAUCAUCGUGAGCCCUCGGCAGCGGGGCAAUCCUGUACUGAAGUUCGUGCGCAAUGUGCCCUGGGAAUUUGGCGAUGUAAUCCCCGACUAUGUGCUGGGCCAGAGCACCUGUGCCCUGUUCCUCAGCCUCCGCUACCACAACCUGCACCCGGACUACAUCCACGCGCGGCUGCAGAACCUGGGGAAGAACUUCGCCCUGCGGGUCCUGCUCAUCCAGGUGGAUGUGAAAGAUCCCCAGCAGGCCCUCAAGGAGCUGGCUAAGAUGUGCAUCCUGGCUGACUGCACGCUGAUCCUCGCCUGGAGCCCUGAGGAAGCUGGGCGGUACCUGGAGACCUACAAGGCCUAUGAGCAGAAACCAGCGGACCUCCUGAUGGAGAAGCUAGAGCAGGACUUCGUCUCCCGGGUGACUGAAUGUCUGACCACCGUGAAGUCAGUCAACAAAACGGACAGCCAGACCCUCCUGACCACAUUUGGGUCUCUGGAACAGCUCAUCGCUGCAUCGAGAGAAGAUCUGGCCUUAUGCCCAGGCCUGGGCCCUCAGAAGGCGCGGAGGCUGUUUGAUGUCCUGCACGAGCCCUUCUUGAAAGUGCCCCGAUGACCACAGCUGCGGAGGAGACCCCAGUGUAAUAAUAAAGCAUCUUCCCAGGCCAGGCUC